CAUGCCAACUCGUGGGCGGGGGCCUGCGCCGCCCACUCCGCCUGAAGCUCUGGCCGCCGCCGGCUUUCCUUUGUACAACGACCCGAGGAGAUAUAUUAUCUCCCGUUCCACAUUUGCCGUCGGAAAAUCCAACAAACCUCUCCACUUCGGCGCUUCCCAGCCGAGGACGGAAGCGAGAGGAGAGGGGGAGCCUGCGGCGGGCGCCGGCGGAGGUGGGGAAAAUGGCGGCGGCGAGGGACCAGCUCCUGGACGUGAUCCGCGGGCUCAUGGCGGGCCAGUCGCCGCCGCUCCACGCGCUGGUCGUCCCCUCCGAGGACGCGCACCAGAGCGAGUACGUCUCGGAGCAGGACAAGCGGCGGGAGUUCAUCUCCGGGUUCACGGGGAGCGCUGGCUUGGCUCUUAUCACCAUGAAUGAGGCCUUGUUGUGGACGGAUGGACGCUACUUCUUGCAAGCAACACAGCAACUGAGUAAUCGCUGGAAAUUAAUGCGCAUGGGAGAAGACCCACCGGUUGAAGCUUGGAUAGCUGAUAAUUUGGCAGAUGGAGCUGCCAUUGGAAUCAAUCCAUGGUGUAUUUCAGUUGACUCUGCUCAAAGAUAUGAGCAUGCAUUUUCAAAGAAGCACCAGACUUUGUUUCAGCUUUCUAUUGACUUGGUGGAUGAAGUAUGGAUGGAUCGCCCACCAGUCGAACCUAGGCCUGUAAUUGUACACCCAGUAGAAUUUGCAGGGCGUAGUGUAUCAGAAAAGAUCAAGGAGCUAAGAGAAAAGCUAUUACAUGAAAAAGCUACUGCAAUUAUAAUAACUGCUCUUGAUGAGGUUGCUUGGUUGUACAACAUUCGAGGAAGUGAUGUGGAUUAUAGCCCAGUGGUUCAUUCUUAUGCUAUUGUAACCUUGCACAGUGCUUUCUUUUAUGUGGACAAGAGAAAAGUAACAGCUGAGGUUCAGAAAUACAUGGUUGAAAAUGGUAUUGAUAUAAGAGACUAUGAAAUGGUUCAAUCAGAUGUGAGUCUACUUGCAUCUGGCAAUCUAAAAAGUUUUGUGCAUGGGGAAAACGAUAUCAAUGUGGAAGGUUCAAAAAUUUGGAUUGAUUCUGCCUCAUGUUGCCUUGCACUCUACUCAAAGUUGAGCCCGCAUCAAGUUUUGGCACUUCAAUCACCAGUUGCCCUUCCGAAGGCUGUUAAAAAUGCCACAGAACUGGAUGGGUUAAGGAAGGCGCACAUUCGAGAUGGUGCGGCUGUUGUGCAAUACCUUUCUUGGCUGGAUAAUCAGAUGCAGGAGAACUAUGGAGCUUCUGGUUACUUCAGUGAAAUAAAAGGAUCACAUAAAAAGGGAAUUUCAGCAACCAAACUUACUGAGGUUUCUGUCAGUGAUAAACUUGAAGGCUUCCGUGCAACAAAAGAGCACUUCAGAGGUUUGAGUUUUCCUACAAUUUCAUCUGUGGGACCAAAUGCAGCAGUUAUUCACUAUAAACCUGAAGCUAGCACAUGUUCGGAAAUGGAUGCUGAUAAAAUCUACCUUUGUGACUCUGGGGCACAGUACUUGGAUGGUACAACGGACAUUACAAGAACUGUACAUUUUGGUAAACCCUUAGAACAUGAGAAGUCAUGCUACACAGCAGUACUGAAAGGCCACAUCGCACUUGACAUUGCUGUAUUUCCUAACGGGACAACAGGGCAUGCUCUUGAUAUUCUUUCACGAGCCCCACUAUGGAGAGAGGGUCUUGACUAUCGGCAUGGUACAGGCCAUGGAAUCGGGUCGUAUUUGAAUGUUCAUGAAGGUCCUCAUCUAAUUAGCUUCAGACCUACUGCUCGAAAUGUGCCAUUACAAGCAUCAAUGACUGUAACAGAUGAGCCUGGUUAUUAUGAAGAUGGGAGCUUUGGUAUCAGAUUGGAGAAUGUUCUUAUUUGCAAAGAGGCCAAUGCUAAAUUUAAUUUUGGAGAUAAAGGUUAUCUGGCAUUUGAACAUAUAACAUGGGCUCCAUACCAGGCCAAAAUGAUAGACCCCAAGCUGCUGACCCCUGUCGAGAUCGAGUGGGUAAACACAUACCACUCUGACUGCCGGAGAAUCUUGGAACCCUAUCUGAACGAGCAAGAGAAAGAAUGGCUGCGGAAAGCCACUGAGCCCAUUGCCCUAAGUGGCUGAGCCCAUUCAUGUAGUGCUGUAGCGUCCCGUGCGUAGAUAGAUUCCCUGCUCCUCCUCGUAUGCAAAAUAACACCAGCGAAGGAAAAUGCGUAGACAAAUUGUUCUUCUUCAAGUUAUUCUUGCUGCGAAAAUGGAGUCAGUCUCGAAAUAAAAUUAAGUGCUGGAUAAUGUACAUACAGUUUUCAAAUUAAAUAACCUGUUGAUCUUUCACCCCGAAUAA